CAUAGCAUGGCGACGAGCGCCCAAAACCGGGUGUAAGACUGCGCUCUCCAAAUUUUGUUCAACGCUGUGUUCUAAAAAUUUCCUCACUCAUUUCGCUUGGUGAGAUCCGAUUGAAUACAUCGCCGCACAGGAGCUCUCCAAAGGCUACGAAAUGUCAGGCAAAAACACUCUGUUCAGCUACUUUAAACGUGUUGAGAAAGCACCAGUCCAGAAGGCUGUUGUUGCUGACAGCCCAGAAAAGGAUGACGAAGAAAAGACCAAAAACGACGAGAACAGUCCCAAGAAUACGAGUACUCCUCAGGCCAAAAAGAUCAAAAAGUCAGAUACGUCUCCUGAGAGUACCAACAAGAAAAGGAAGGUAGAGAAAAAAGAAACUCCCAAAGACAAAGGCGGGAAGAAAAAUAAUUCAAAGAAAAGCAGCACACCCAGAACCGCAGGGAAAAAGUUCAAAAGGAUUAGCGUAGCCAAUGAAUCUUCAGACGAAGAAACUGCUGUUGGUAACAAGAAGAGAAAGGUAUCAGCAGAAGAUGGUGAUAAGGAUAACUGGAAGCCUGAGUCUGACGAGAGUGAAAGCGAGGAAGAUGUCGAUGAGAGUGUCAGCGAGGAAUCUGACUUUUCUGCAGAAGAUUCUGAGGAAGAGGAGAAGCAAAAUAAAAAGAAAAGCUCCAGCAAGAAGAAGCCAGUUAAACUGAACACAUCGGUGCUCAACACUUCAGUCAGCAAGGAUGAAAAGAAAACAGUGAAGGGUGGACAACUUGGAGAGAAGGUUUGGGCUCACUUGAAAUAUGAAUUUUUGAAGCCAAACAAUAUCAGAGAUGCAAGCAAGAAAAGACCUAACGAAGAGGGCUACAAUCCUCACACUCUGUAUGUUCCUCCAGACUUUGUAAAGACAUUGACUCCUGCCAUGAAACAAUGGUGGGAAAUCAAAUCCAAACACUUCGACUGCGUCAUUUUCAUCAAGUUGGGCAAAUUCUACGAACUGUAUCACAUGGACGCCACUACUGGGGUCAAUGAGCUCAACUUGGUCUACAUGAAUCAUCCAGAGGUGGCCCAUGCUGGUUUUCCAGAGGCAGCCUACGCCAGGUAUGCCAGUGCAUUGGUGGAGAAGAACUACAAAGUGGCCAGGGUGGAGCAAACUGAGACGCCAGAUAUGAUGGCAGAGAGAUGCAAAACUAUCCGCAACCCCACCAAGUUUGACAAGGUGGUCAGGAGGGAGGUGUGCCAAAUCACCAGCAAAGGCACUCGCUUGUACUUGGCCAUUGAGGGUGAUCCUUCGACUGAGGACCACCUUUACCUGUUCUCUAUCACUGAGGGAAAAUCAAGCUCCAACAAACCCAUUUACGGAGUCUGCUUUGUAGACACUUCUGUUGGUUCCUUCCAUGUUGGACAGUUUGAGGAUGACAGGUACCAGUCGCAGUUGAGGACUCUUCUUGCAAUGCAUCCUCCAGCUCAUGUGCUGCUUGAUCGUGGAAAAGUGAGCGCUGAAACAAAGCAUGUGUUGGAGACUACUGCUCAUUCGGCCAUAAUUGAAUCGCUGGCUAACAAAGUUGAGUUUCUCAGCGCUACCGAGUGUCUCAUCAAACUUCAUGAGAACAAAUAUUUCAAGAAUGACGAGGAAGGAAAUCCUCAGUGGCCAUCAGUCCUUGCUGAGAUGACCAGUUUCAAGGAUUUGAGGACGCCGGAACCGGACAAAGAGCUGGCGCUCAGUGCUCUGGGUGGCUGUCUAUGGUACCUGAUUGACUCCAAGAUUGAUUUGCAGCUUGUCUGCAUUGAAAAUUUCAACUUGUACCAGCCUGAACUGUUUGAAAAGCAGCUCGAGAAGAAGAGCCUCAAAACAUUGAUGGGCAAGAUGGUUUUGGAUGCGACAACCAUGCAAAAUCUUGAUGUGGUGGAGUAUUCAGAGACAGGAGAGAAGGAGAACAGUUUGUUAGGAAAGCUGGAUAAUUGUUGCACUGCGUUUGGGAAACGCUUACUGAGAGAUUGGUUGUGUUCCCCUCUGUGCUCUGUGAGUGCCAUCCAGAGACGCCAGGAGGCUGUGACAGCCUUGAUGAAAAUGCCCUCUGAAUGCGAAAAAGCUCGAAAAAUCCUCAAGGAACUGCCAGAUCUAGAGCGCUCUCUGACUAAGAUUUCCAUUUAUGGAAACGCUUUGACUGCUGCAAAUCAUCCUGAAUCUCGUGCCAUCUUCUAUGAAGACUUCUCCAAGAAGAAAAUCGGCAACUUCCUCUUGCUUCUCAAAGGCUUUGAGAAAGCUUUGAAAGCACUUGACUUCUUCCAAGGUACAAAUGAAGAGUUACCUCAGCUGCUGCGAAAGCUAACCAGAACAGCUGACUUUGAUGAAGAAGGCAGAUUCCCUGAGUACAAAGAUGUUCUCAACUUUUUCAAGGAAGCAUUUGAUGCAGAGGAGGCCCUAAAAACGGGAAAAAUUGCCCCAAGAAAAGGUGUUGAUCCAGAAUUUGAAGCAUGCUGCCAAAAGUUGCAAGAUUUGGAUGAUGAGCUCAAAGACCACUUAAGGGAGGUGAAGAGCAAGUUGCGGUGCGAGGCUAAAUACAUUGGAACAGACAAGAAAAGAUUCCAGAUUGAAAUCCCAGAAAAGGUGGUUGUUCCAAUGAACUUUGAGCUCUCAUCAUCUCGCAAGGGCUUCAAACGAUACUACAGCCCCGAAUCCAAGGAACUUCUAGUAAAAAUGCAGGCAGCAGAAACUGAAAAGAAAGAGUACCUUCUGGACAUCAACAGAAGAAUGUUUGCCAAGUUCUCUGAUAGUGCUACCCUGUGGAGAGCGGCCACUGAUUGCCUGGCAAUUUUGGAUGUUCUCCUGUCCAUCGCCAUGUAUGGCACCAAGGAGGACACCUGCAUGCCAGUGUUUUACGAGCCCUCUGAGGAUAGACCUCCUUUUGUGGAUAUCAAAAAUGGUCGGCUUCCAACCACCAAGCUAGUUGACUUCAUCCCAAACGACACAGUCAUCGGUGUGGAAGGCGUCCAACUGCUCUUGCUAACUGGCCCCAAUAUGGGAGGCAAGUCAACAUUGAUGAGGCAGUUUGGUCUGAUUGUCAUCAUGGCGCAAAUCGGCUGCCCUGUUCCUGCUGAGGAGUGCAGUCUGACCAGCGUGGACAGGAUUUUUACCAGAAUCGGAGCAAGGGACCACAUUCUAGCUGGUGAAAGCACUUUCUUUGUUGAAAUGAGUGAAACCUCAGCCAUCCUCAAGCACGCUAGCGACAGAUCAAUUGUUUUAGUUGAUGAGCUUGGUCGAGGAACAAGCACAUUUGAUGGCGCUGCGAUCGCCUCAGCGGUUUUAGAGGAUUUGGUAGAAAAGCAUUGUCUGACAAUCUUUUCCACGCACUACCACUUCUUGGUGGAGGAGCACGUUCACACCAACAACAUUUCCCUUGUGCACAUGGCCUGCAUGGAGGAGGAUGAAGAUGACGAUGAAGCCAAAGUAGAGAACGUCACUCUGCUAUACAAGCUCAGUCCAGGCGCAUGUCCCAGUUCCUACGGCUUCAACGCUGCCAGACUCGCUGGCCUUCCAGAGCAAGUGGUGCUUAGAGCCAAGCAGCAGGCGCUCAAGUUGCAGAGCCAUCCCAAGAAGAUGAAAAGUUUUGUCGAGUUGAUGAUGCUCAAGAAGGACAACGUCGAACGCAUCAAGGAGCUUGUCACCUUACUCAAAAAAGGAAUCAAAUUUUAGAGCAAUCUCCUUUUGCUAUACUCUUACCUCAUUUUGUUUUAAAUUUGAAGAAUAAUAUGUUAAUAGAUCCCCAGCAGAUCAAUAAAAAUUGAAUAUGAUUCACA